UCAGCAGUAAGCACAAGUUGGUUUUUCAACAAUUUCCUUUACCGUAUCGGAUUUCACUUCCCACUUCUCUCUCUCUCUCUCUCUCUCUCUGCUUUCAUUUUCAUGUUCAAUUGUUCAUUCAUGCAUCUGUAAAACUCUGGUUUCUCAAUCAGCCACCUUCUUCAUAAUCACUGCUUCAUCCUAUAACUCACCUUCUCCACAACAAAACACCCUUUAAAGUUACAACCUUCACUUUCUUGAUUUCUUCUUUCCCAUUAGUCCUAACAGAUCCUCAGAUGUAGCCCUUUUCUUUCUCAGCCUGCUUUGAGUUCAAUCUCAGCUGGCUUUUCUUGCCUUACUGUAUAUUAUUCCCUAAAUCCACACUACUUGGUAUCUAAUUCCAUUCUUGAUUCACAAAAAAAAAAAUGGAACAAAUAGUAGAAUUAUUGAUAUGUACUCUUAACAUUUUAUAAAGAUUGCAAUUCUAGUUAAAGGGUUUCAAGAAUUCUUGUUAAUAUGGCCUUUGCAGCUCAGCAAAAAAAGGCCCUUCAUUCUAUGUUAGCAAGCAAGCUAACCCAACUCAAAAUUCCUGACUCUUCUUCUUUAUCUUCUACAGAUCAAGAUUUUGAUUUUUCUGAUGUAUUUGGUGCUCCUACUUCUUCAUCUCCUUCAUCUUCUUCCAAUUUUGUAACUGACCCACAAAUCAUUUAUAGUAGGUCUCACUCUUUUGUGGGUCCAUCUCCAAGAAUCACUCUCUCAAAGCCUUUACCUUUUCAUCAAGAAGUUGAUUCUGAAGGUGAAAAUGAUAGUGAUAAAGUUGAUACUCAUGUGAGUGAUAAUCAAGAAACUGGAUGUAUUGAUGGUGUUGAAGAGAUUAGUGGAGUAACAAAAUAUGGGCCAGGUGAUUUUGAGAUUUUGAGGAUGAUUGGAAAAGGUUCUUUUGGGAAGGUUUUUCAGGUGAGGAUGAAGGGUUAUGGUGGUGGUGAUGGUGAUGAUGAUGGGAUAUUAGCUAUGAAAGUGAUGAGGAAAGACACAGUUAUUAAGAAUAAUCAUGUAGAUUAUAUGAGGGCUGAGAGAGAUAUUCUUACAAAAGUUGAACACCCUUUUAUUGUUCAACUUAGGUACUCUUUUCAGACAAGGUCUAAGCUAUACUUGAUUUUGGAUUUUAUAAAUGGAGGACACCUUUUCUAUCAUUUAUACAGACAAGGGAUUUUCAGUGAGGGCCAGGCACGGAUUUAUGCUGCUGAGAUAGUCUCUGCUGUUUCACAUCUUCACCAGAGAGGGAUCGUGCACCGAGACCUCAAACCUGAAAAUAUUCUCAUGGAUGCUGAUGGACAUGUUAUGCUGACAGAUUUUGGACUGGCAAAAGAGAUUGAUGAAUCAAGCAGAUCAAAUUCAAUGUGUGGAACCACGGAAUAUAUGGCUCCAGAAAUUUUACUUUCCAAGGGCCACAAUAAAGAUGCUGACUGGUGGAGCGUUGGGAUACUUCUGUAUGAGAUGCUGACUGGACAGCCACCAUUCACACAUUCAAAUAGAAAGAAGCUUCAAGAAAAGAUCAUCAACGAGAAAGUGAAACUUCUACCACGUCUGACCGGUGAAGCUCACUCUCUGCUCAAAGGACUGCUACAGAAGGACCCAUCCAAAAGAUUAGGCAGUGGACCAAGAGGAGGGGAUGAGGUCAAAAGUCACAAGUGGUUCCGGGCGAUCAAUUGGAAGAAAUUAGAUGCCAGAGAGCUACAGCCUAAGUUCAAACCAGAUGUAAUUGGCAGAGACUGCACUGCCAAUUUUGACAAAUGUUGGACUGCGAUGCCACCGGAUGACUCACCAGCAUCUACUCCAACAACAGGCGAACACUUUCAAGGUUACACUUACGUAGCACCAAAUCCUUGGCUCUCCUCUAGUUGAUUAAGUCUUUAUCCAGACAAAAUUUCGAACUUUUAGUUUGCUACUGUAAGUCAUUCUUUGUUAGAGAGAGGAUCAUGAGAAAUAUAUGGAUCAGAUUGUAUCAUGAUUAAAGCAAAUCUUUCUAAUUCUUAUUGUGUACUGUUGUAAGCUCAUUCUUCUUUAUGGACAAGAUGUGAAAUAAAUCAAUUGACUUUAAUCGUGUA